AUGCCUUUCCGUUGUUUUAGGUCUUUGUUACUGCGACGUCAAUCAUGGCGCGGACGCGAAGAAGAAGAGGAAAAAGAAAGCUCUGUUGUUGAUCUUCCGUCCUCCAUCGCUGUCGAUAUAGAAGAGGAAAAAGAAAGCUCUGUUGUUGAUCUUCCGUGGGUUUGUAAGAACUGGCAAUACUUAAUCUUGCAAGAUCAUCCUUAUUUUACAAAGAUUCGACUGUCCAGACCCAACCUGACCACCGAUAUUGUGUUUUGGGGUAGGGAUGAAGAAUUUUUUUACCUGCUCGACCUUUCAGAGGUCUCUAAUUAUGUUGGUCCAAUGAGGUUAAGAAUCAAAUUUAAUUUCUCAAAUCUGUCUAUCCCACAUCUGGAAAAUGUGGGCUCUUGUAAUGGCUUGAUAUGUUUGAACGAUUCGCACAAUGUUUACAUAAGCAAUCCCAUUUUGGGAGAAUGUGUUGCCCUUCCCAAACCCAUAAUAGAGUCAAAUCCAUUUGGAGUGCGAUACCUAUUUGGAUUUAGUCCCACAACAGGGCAUUAUAAAGUCCUAAGAUUCAUUAGAAACUGCACGGGAUACUACUCGGAGACUGAGGUUUAUACUCUUGGAACUGUUACAUGGAGAUAUGUUGGGCGUCUUCUUCCCCCAGGACAAAGGGCGGAGACAGUUAAUUUGAAUGGAGCUAUUCAUUGGAUGACUCCAGGUGACAAAGCUAACAAGAAAAUAUUUUCAUUUGAUGUUGCGGAAGAGCAGAUUCGCCUUAUCCCACCUCCUAAUUUCUUCACGCAUAAUACAUAUAAUCGUAGAAUGGGAUUGGGGGUGUUAGGAAAUUGUCUGUGUAUAUCUUUUAAUAGUGACAACAAUUAUAGUUGUAACGGGCAUUAUCUUGAUAUGUGGUCGAUGAAAGAGUAUGGAGUAGCCGAGUCUUGGACUAAAGUCCGAAUUUUGAGAACCUCAAUUCCAUCUGGAAUGGAGGGUAGUUUGGCCCAUCACUGUCUUUACCCCAUCACACUAUGGAAAGAUGGAGAGAUAUUGUUUGAAAGUGAUCUUCAUAUUCUACUUUCAUAUAAUCCCAAAAACGGGAGAUUUACCGCACUCAAGGUUAAUUAUCAAAAAGAAAAGGUUGAGUACACGCCGCGCCGUGCAUUUACCUACAGCAGCUCAAGCUUUUCUUCACUCAAGGAUGUUGCAAGCACAGGAGGUUUAAGGAUUGUGGAUGUCAAGUCAAAACAGUAA